GGUGAUCCUCAGGGCAGGGCAAGGGGCUGGAGAGCAGUGCCCAUUCCAGAAGGAAGGGUUCUGUUGGUUUGACUGCUGUGUCCAAGGCUGUGGGGCCUGGGCUGGCUGCCAGGUGUCUGGGCUCAGGCAGUAGUUAUAAAGGGCCAAGUGGGAUGGCUUGCACUCACUUGGUCACCACAAAAUAGAGCUGGGCCCUAGGGUGGGAGCUCCAAAUAUGAAUAUAUAUGAACUUCCCCAAGUUCUGAGGGGCAUGGAACCAAGUCAGUCUACUAUUUAAUAGACAUACCCUCAGCGCCCCCCCAUUUAAAGCAUAAAAUAACUUGGUUAAAUUUUUUAAAUGAUCAUUUCCUUUAAUGCAGCUUCGUUUUGUAUCAUCAUGCUUUGCUUAUUACAGAAUAAGGUAUUGAGGCUUUUGCUCUCAAAGAAUCAUAACCAAAACCAGAGCUAAGCCUGCCCAGGCUGCCCUCUGACACACAGUAAAGUCCCACCAUUUUUCCUGUCUAAUGUGACAUGAAUGCACUUGACCGAGUUCCUUAAGUGGGGCCUGAAGUCCUGUUUGUGUCUUCAGGCCUUAGAGCCAUUCUGAGGUGUCCACAUAGCUCCACUUGGAAAGUGCCCUAGCAGUUCUCUCCUCUAUUGGGCCAGUCACAGUGACUAGGAAAACCUGGGAUCGAGCUUGGGAUGAUGCAGCAUCCUGUCACAAGUAACUGAAUGACAUGGAAUCCUGUGACUUAGAAGAUCUUAUAUCGUGUCUUUCCCCUCCAAUUGUGCAGCUAGUUUGUCUUCUCAGAAGGACAGUCCCACCAUUGACGACCUGGAGGAAAGUUUACAGAAAGCUGAAAGUCCAAGUGCGCCCACGCUUGGCCCCCAGCUUGAGUCUUGACUCUGACACUGAAGAUGUCUCUGGUUUGGAUGCCAUGGGCCUCUGUAGUCCUGCUCAAUCUCAGUGGUCUGAAGAUCGAUGUACCCCAUCUCCUGAGGGGCAGAGGGCACCUAUGGACUUGGGACAGUUUCUGAGUCCCCUGCGCUUGGCCAGACCAUUGGGAAAAGGCUCACACCUUAGGACUUUAGGCCUUCCAGUGAGGUCCCAAGCUCCAGGCAACUCCAGAGCAGGCUUCUGGGAAGUGAGGUGUCCAGCAGUAGCUGUCUGCCCUCUGUGGCCUUGGUGAUGGAUGGGUCCCCAGCACAGUCCUUCCCCCCUAAACUAGGGGCACCUCAUGUAAUUGGUGUGAAGUCUCUGUUGCCUCCUAAGAUCCCAGUGAGGUCCUGCUCUCCCCAGAGGAGAGGCGGCUCUCCCAGAAAACCCAGAGGCAGGUCUCGUUCUCUCACCCGAUCCCAUUCUUUCUCCCCGGCUUCCAAAAGGACACGAUGGGUCCGGUCUCACUCCCAGUCCCCCAGGCCCAUCUGGAGACCCACCUCAGCCAGAGCCAAUGCUUGUGCACAGCCCCCACCUCAGCUCAUCCGGCCCGGGGGAAGCAGAAAGAAAUCGGCUCUCAGCAGAUCAUCUCAAUUUCAAACUGGUCCCUGGGCUGCCCCCCGGGCCUGCAUGCCCCCCAAAAACAGGGAGGAAGAAGUCCUGGACCACUCGUGGAGCCCUUACUGCCUUCCUGUGCCUGGAAUCUCCUCUCCCCUGGCUCAGGAGAUGAACGAAAGGUUCUUCCAGACCCUCAAAGAAGGGCAUGUACAUCAGUCCCUGGGGACCACGGCCCCCAUUCAGAAAGCCUUGAGGCGACUCCGUUUGCAGUGCCUUCGGGCAGAGGAAGAGUGGGUGUUGGAGCUGACGAGGCAGCAAGAACUGGAACGGACCCGAGGCCCCAAAUUCAAGUGGUAUGAGAUGAAAAGCUCCCAGUUCCAUUAUGAGGCCCACAAACAUAACGAGAGGCUGAGGAAUAGCCACAAGUCACCGCUGCUUUGUGACUACAGACAGGAACUGGCUUCUGAGGCCAAGGAGUUCGAUAAGCGCUCCCUGCCUGCCCACCUGGAUUCCUUUUUAACCCAGCAGGAUGAUCAGUAAUGGCGUCGGAAGGCUAAUGAAGCUAUAGGCUGAAGCCUUCAAAUUCUCCAGGGUUCUCUGGCCUUGUGGAAUGGAGAGCCAGGAGGCCACUGUCUCCCAGAAUGGAGACCCCAAACCCCAAAGGAACCUCCUUCGAGAGAGGGAGGAAGGGUCAGCUGUGCUCACUGACUGGACAAAGACUGGAAGGUCUCAUCUUGGAACAGAGAAACUUGAAGCCGAAAGGAGCCAUGGGCUUCUCUCUCUCAUCCCCACUGCUAAAACCCAGCAGAGAAGGGCUGGCUUCUGUUGGAGAGAUGUUUGUGCAUUCAUUCACUGGCUCAAAGUGCACUUGUUAAAUACCUACCGUCACUAAUUGCUAAGUGAGAUACAAAGUGUAGCUAGGACAACCCUUGUUCUCAUUCAGUUUGGUAAAACAAAUAACAAGUGGGGCUCUGUCAUUGACAUGACAUUCGGGGAGCUCACAGCCUCUUCAAGGGGAUAAGAUAAACAGAGAGCACCAGAAUAUACAGUAGUAUGAGCUGAGUACCCCAGAGAGUCCAGAGGAAGGCUGCUGCCAGCCAGGGCUUGGUGGAGGUGCGGGCUAGGGAUCAGAGAAGUCUCUCUGGACAAAGUAGCUAUGGAAUUAGGCUUGGAAGAAUGAGUUAAUAUUUAACAAGCCUGGAAGGGGAGGAAGGGCGCUAACCUGCAAAGCAUGGGACAGGAGCUGCUGGUGUUGGUGUUGGCCACAUUACAAACGUGAUUAAAUAAAAAGUUCUGAUUAAUAGUGUUUGAAUGGACCGGGCACUUGCUGGUGCUUUGGGGUUUACAAAAGUGUGUGCCGUGUCUGAUCAGCUGUCCAAGGGAGGCGUCAGAAGCAGACAGACUGCCGCUGUCGUGUGAUUUUCCCCCUAACAUUUAGACGCUUGAAUUAUGUUUGUUACUUACAUGUUUGGCUGGGUCAAAAGCUAGGCAUUUGGGGCAAGGUUGGGGUUAUUUAUAGGUUACAGCGGGGACAAUCAUGUUGGGACUGACGAACAGAAUCCCAACAAGUGUUCCUGUCUUUGAUUAGACAUCAGAAAAUAUACCCAUUGUUUUCUUAUCGA